CACUUCACCACUAUAAAUACUCUCUCCCAUUGAUCAAUUUCCCAUCACCUUUUGCAGCUUACUUCACUUACUUGCUUUCUUUUACCGCCCUUUUCCUUAUUAUCUCUCUUUCUCUAGUACCUUACUAUUCCUUCAAUAUCCAUGGCCACUGUUGAGGUUGUGUCAGCUCAGAAUGCACUGCAAGAGGAGAGAAGAGUGGAGGAAGUAGUGGUUCCUUCACUACCACAAGUGGAAGAGAAGGCACCAGUAGUAGCGGAGAAAGAGCAGCCUAAGGUGGAAGCUGUGGAUGAGCAACCACCAGCGCCACCUGUAGCAGUAGAAGCUGAAAGCGCCCCAGUACAAGAGGAGGCCAAGGCUGUAGAAGAGCAAAAACCGGCAGCACCAGCAGCAGUCGAAGCUGAAAAUACCCCAGUACAAGAGGAGGCAAAGGCUGAGGAAAAGGAAGAAGCAGCACCAGCAGCCGAAAAUACCCCAGCACAAGAAGAGCCUAAAACUGAUGAAGAUCAGCAACCAACAGCAGAAGAACCUGCAGCAGAACACUCAGCAGCACCUGCAGAAGAACACUCAGCAGCACCUGCAGAAGAACACCAAGUUGCAGAACAACCAGCAGCACCUGUAGCAGAACACCCAGCAGCAGAACAACCAGCAGCACCUGCAGCAAUUGAUGGCGAAGAUGCAGCCGUACUAAAGCAGGCUGAAACUAAGGAUGACGACGAUCAAUCUGGAACCAAAGAGCUAGAGUUGGAGAACAAGAGUUCAGGUACUCCUGUGGAGGAGUCCUCGAAAGUCGCACCGGAGCCUGUGGUGGAGGAGACUGGAAAGGAAAGCAAGGAAGCAGAAGUCAUCAAGGAGCCAAAGGAGGAAGUGAUCGAAGAGGCUGAGGCUGGCAAAGUGAAAGUUGUCCCUACUGCUGCUGCUGCUGGACCUGCAGAACCAAAAGCAGAGGCUCAGGUUGCUGUUGUUGAGGCUGAUGCUGCAUGAGUGUGAAACUAAUUUCCUAAGAUCAAGCAAUGCGUUAUCUCUUUUGUUUACUUUGUCUGUUUAUGUUGUGGAAGAAUAUGUUUAAUUGGUCAGCUACAUAGAUCGGAGGCUGUGUUUUCAAUGUGGUGUACUAUCAGCUCAUUUUGGUAGAAUAAGGAUGUAAUGAAUUACAACAGUAUUAAGGCUUUUGUAUGUUCGUCCAAGAUGGGCAAUGCUGGCUGCUAAUAAUAAGAUAUUUUAUGUACUCUUAUUG